AUGCCACCGCCAAAGACUGUAUUCACAUCAUAUGAGCGAAACUCGCUCAAGGAUAGAUGGGGUUCGCAAUCAACGCGCCUCACACGUGAUUCAUUCCUGCCAUUCGGCUCCUGCCAGCUCUGUCUUCUUCCAUCAGUAGAUCCAGUAUGCUGUUCUCAAGGCGACCUCUUUUGUCGAGAAUGUGCCUUGACGAAUCUAUUGGCGCAAAAAAAUGAGAUGAAGCGGCUGGAAAAGCUCAAUGAGCGGCAAAAGCUCGAAGAAGAGGAGAACAAGCUGCGCGAGGAAGAGGAGGCCAGGCUGCGAGCGGUAGAAGAGUUUGAGCUGGUUCAGCAGGGGCUCUCUGUCAAGGCGGGAUCAUCAGCAAAAAUGGUGGGAAGAGAGGGAGGCAAGAUUGUGGUGGAAGAAGAGCAGGACCCCAAAGCAGCUGGUCACGGCAGAGGCACGAAGCGAAAGUUUGAAAUUGACGAGGAGGAGCUGAAGCGCAUUGCGAACGAGGAACAGCGAAAAGCAAAGCGUAACCUCGACGAAGAACGCAAAGCUGCAAAAGGCCAUCUCCCGAGUUUUUGGGUACCAGGCGAGACACCUGAUCAGCACCACAAGACUGCUGAAAAGGCGAAGAACACGCCCAUAUGCCCAUCCAGCUCCCCCGACCAGCCUCACAGUCUAUCCCUCAAAGGGCUCACGAGAGUUCAUUUCCAUGAAGAGAAGUCUACUGAGACCGGCAAGCCGGUGCGCACAUGUCCGAGCUGCCAAAAGGCGUUGUCAAAUAGUACAAAAGCCAUGCUUGCUAUUCCUUGCGGCCAUGUCCUUUGCAAGCCUUGCGUCGACAAGUUUCUCAAGCCAGAACAUCGUCAUCACCGCGAUGCGCAUGACGAUGCGCCAGAACCAGAUUCGAUACAUUGCUACGUCUGCGAUGCCGAUCUUAGCGCCGUACCGGAUACCAAGGAGGGGAAGAAGAAGAAAAAGAAGGAGCAGGCGCCUAAGCCGGGAUUAGUCGAAAUUCGGAGUGAAGGCACAGGGUUUGCAAGUGGUGGAAAAGCCAUGGUCAAGAGAGAGGGUGUUGCUUUCCAGGUCUAG